AUGGCCUCCCCAUCGCAGCCCCUCAACAUACGCGGCCGUCGCGCUGCCCAGGGCAACAAUGAAGGGCCCACCAACGAUCCCGACACCGUCUCGACGUCUUUCCAGGGCACCCCGAACUUCGGUACCCCGGAUCUUCGUGCGGCGCUGAGGGCGCAGUACACUGGCACGCCACCACCACCGAAUAUCCCUCUUCGAGGAACACCAUCGAACAGGCCUGCAGCAACCGCGUCGGCGCCCUCACUCGUGCCGGGAGAGGCGUCUCCUCGUCGGUCUCCGCCCGCUGUGAGCGGACUGUCGGCGACACGUGCACCUGCAUCCGACUCGGCCGUUGUCGUAGGGCCCGUCCCAGCACCGACGAUACCUCCAGUGCCUCCAUUACCGGGAGUGACGCCCCCAGUACCUGCGGCCAUCGAUUUGGACGAUCUGCCCGUGGAGGAGAAGGCGCGUGUUCUGGGCCGACACCUCGUGCCGAAGGAGCAACGAAUAAAGUCGACUGCUCCGUCUGUGAAAGAGGGGCAGUCUGGGUCGGGUUCUGGGUCGGAUGCGGGUGACUCGCGUUCGCGCCGGUCCUCGUCUGGCGGAGGUGCGGGGACGAGUACGCCCCAGCAGCAACAGAAGGCGAGGGAGGAUUCAGAACCGUUCCCCAUCCCAUACGACGCGCAUGGCGCGGAUGUUACACACGACAUAUACAAGUGGCACACCGACCAGCGGCGCCAGGCUGCCCGCGUCCGCUCAGCUUCCUUCGCCGGCCCGAGUAAUGCCCCACAUCCUGCCUUUGAACACAUCCAUGAACCGGGCGGCUUUAGGAGGAACUACGUGAAGUUGCGUGCGAACGAGCAGGGUGCUGAGGAGCCGGAGAUGCUCAAUAACUUUAUCGACUUUUUGUUGUUGUUUGGACACUUUGCCGGUGAAGACCUCGAAGAAGAUGAAGACGAUGACAAGGACGAGGACGAGGAGGCAGCCGAGACGGAGGCACUGUUAGCUGCUCCUGAGGUUGACGAAGCGACCCCAUUGCUGAGCGCAAGCGUCUCUUCACUAUCGCGUGCACGUUCGAGGAGCAGACGACGAAGGAAUUCAGUCGCUACCCAAGGAACAGCGACCGUGACUCAGGCAGUAUUAAUGUUGCUGAAGUCCUUCGUUGGUACUGGUGUGCUAUUCCUGGGCAAAGCGUUCUAUAAUGGCGGCCUUCUAUUCUCUUCCUUAACCUUCACAUUCAUCGCCUUCAUUUCGCUGUAUUCUUUCCUACUAUUGGUCAAGACAAAGUUUGUCGUGUCUGGAAGCUUUGGAGACAUUGGCGGGGCGCUGUACGGCCCGUGGAUGCGUUACACCAUCCUUGGUUCCAUCGUCGUUUCUCAGCUCGGCUUCGUGGCAGCAUACACGAUCUUCGUCGCGGAGAACCUGCAGGCCUUUGUCAUUGGUGUGACGAACUGCGCCAAACUUAUCCCAGUGGAGUACUUCAUCGUCGCCGAGCUCAUCGUCUUCCUCCCACUCGCCCUCGUCCGAGACCUCGCGAAGCUCAGCUCGACGGCGCUCAUCGCGGACGGCUUUAUCCUUGCGGGUUUGCUGUACAUUUUUGGCAGCGAGUUCUCGAUCCUGGCACAGAAGGGUAUCGCGGAUGUCAAGAUGUUCAACCCCAGGGACUUCCCGUUGUUUAUUGGGACGGCGGUGUUCUCAUUCGAGGGUAUUGGUCUGGUCAUCCCUAUCACUGAUGCGAUGCGCGAGCCUCACAAGUUCCCUCGGGCACUGACCGGCGUGAUGAUCUUCCUCCUCUUGCUUUUCGGCGGCUCCGGUAUUCUCGCGUACCUCACCUUCGGCUCUCAAAUCCAAACCGUCGUUCUCGUGAACCUCGACUCAACCUCGAAGAUGGUGCAGUCCGUACAGUUCUUGUACGCACUCGCGAUCAUGCUCUCCGUGCCGCUCCAACUCUUCCCGGCUGUCCGUAUCCUCGAGAAUGGCCUGUUCACACGGAGCGGCAAAGCGGAUACCCGCGUCAAGUGGACGAAGAAUGCUUUUAGAUGGGCGAUGGUCCUCUGCUGUACGGUUGUGAGCUGGGUUGGCGCGAAGGAUUUGGAUAAGUUCGUAGCAUUCGUUGGGUGCUUCGCUUGCGUGCCCUUGUGCUACGUCUACCCAGCCAUGUUGCACUACAAGGCGUGCUCGAGGACGCGUAGGCAGAAACUGGCCGAUAUUGCUAUGAUCGUCUUUGGCAUGGUCGCUUUCGUGUACACCUCCGUCCAAACUCUGAGGUUGAUGAUUGAGCCUUCCGCGCCUGCUGACUCGCCUCUUGGAUAUUGCGAUGGCGGCAGGACGUAG